CCCAAAUGCACUGCCUAAAAGUCUAAAACCCCCUUCUCCAAGUGCUCGCUGUGUGUGUGGAAGCAGAGCAUAACUGUAACUCAAUUUCGCUUCCGAAGAGGAUCCCUCCCAAUGAGAAGGUUCACGUGGUUUACGCCGUAUCGCCGCCGUUUGCUCUCUUUUGCGUUUUCAGAACCUGUCGUCCAUAGAGGACACUGCUUCACCGAAUUAUUGCCUUUUCGCCAAUCGCCGUUUCUCAGUCGAGCUUUGUUCAAUCGCAGUAAUGUCCCAAAAUCGGAGGAGUUUCUGAGUUUGAGUAAACCAUUGAGAUAUCGAUAUAUUCAUGCUGCAGCAUUUUCGACAUCGGUUGAGCAGGAUUAUUAUCAAGUUCUUGGCAUUUCUGAGAACGCCACUCAGGAUGAGAUAAAGAAGGCCUUUCUGUUGCUUGCUAAAAAGUACCAUCCAGAUGCAAAUAAGAAUAAUCCAUCUGCAAAGAGGAAAUUUCAAGAUAUAAGAGAAGCUUAUGAGACGUUGAGAGAUUCUAAAAAGAGGGCCCAAUAUGACAAGAUGAAGAUGCAAAGCCGUGGUUCACAGAACAUAGAAUAUGACGACCACAAUGAUGAUUUUGCAGAAAGGUUUCAAAAUGCGAAAGAAAGGUUUCAAAAUGGUUUUCACCAUGAGUUUUCUUCUUCAUUUCAUACAGUAUUCUCUGAGCUAUUUGAAGAAGAAAUCACUCAUUCUUCAUCAAGUAUAGAGGUGGAGUUGUCCCUUACUUUCUCAGAAGCUGCAAGAGGGUGCACUAAACAUGUGUCAUUUGAUGCAUUCGUUCCAUGUGAUUAUUGCGAUGGGAGAGGGUAUCCACCACGUGCGAAGGCUAAAGUUUGUCCAACAUGCCGGGGCUUAGGUCGAGUAACAAUACCUCCAUUUACAUCAACAUGCAUUACCUGUAAAGGAUCAGGUCGCGUCAUUAAGGAUUUCUGUACGUCUUGUAGAGGAUCUGGGGUGGUUGAAGGGAUUAAAGAGGUUAAAGUUACAAUACCAGCAGGUGUGGAUACUGGAGAUACAAUCCAUGUGCCAGAGGCCGGGAAUGCCGUUAAAAGUGGAGCUCGACCUGGGAGUUUAUACAUCAAAAUCAAGGUUGCCGAGGAUUCAGUCUUUACCAGGGAUGGUGCAGAUAUCUAUGUGGACUCUAAUAUUAGCUUUACGCAGGCUAUUCUUGGUGGCAAAGUUGAUGUGCCUACUCUAUCUGGGAAGAUGCAAGUAAAGAUACCCAAGGGUGUUCAACCAGGGCAGCUACUAGUAUUACGAGGAAAAGGACUACCAAAGCAUGGUUAUCUUGUACAUCAUGGGGAUCAGUAUGUGCGUUUUCGUAUUAACUUCCCCACUAAAAUUAAUGAACGACAACGUGCUAUACUUGAAGAACUAGCAGAGGAGGAAAUAAAGCAGGAAAACCACUCAACAUUUGAAGGAAACUGGCUUUACCAGCAGCUAUGUACUGGUUGAACUUACAGGUGGAAGCAAAUUAUUGAACACUUGAACAGUCCAAAUAUUAUGGUAGAACUAUCUGUGCUGAUCCUAAUCCUCGUCCUCAUGCACAAAUUGUUGAGCUGAGAGCUUGUUCCGACAUCAUUUCCUUGGACUUGCCAAAGACAAAUCCAUGGAUUUGUUUUAUUCUUCAACCUUGUAAAGUAGAAGAUAUGAUAUAGUGAAGCAAGGAGUGGGUGCUCAGAUUACUGAAAAUAAAGUUGUAGUUGUACGAAGCUAUUUCUUGGCGCCAGUUCCUUUUUCAAUAGUUAUGAAAAUUUCACGAGGACCCUUCUGAUAAAUUCUUAGGCCAUCAUCAUGGUAUUCAGAACAGAGAUGGGAACAUGUUGUGUAUCAUUUUUUCUUCUCUUAUUCUUUCAGUAUUUUAAAUUUGGUGCGAUAAUCUUGUAACUAUUCCCAAGUGUUGCCUUCUUCAAUCCAUUGUUAUACCUCAAAUGAUAUAACCACAAAUUACAUUCUUUUGAUAGGCUAAUUGGCAAUUAAUCAAGUUUUCCAAAAUAUAAUUCCUCUAUUCUUUCCUUUUUCUGUCGGUUCAGAAAUUUGAUGUCUAUGUAUCAAUAUAGGAUGAACUGUAUAUUAAUUCUUUGAUUCAAAUAUAUACCAAAUUAAAUUCAGA